GUUUGAAGCUCCCUCCUUGUCGGUGACUUGUUUUCUCGCGAUGACAGCUUCCUGCAGAUUUGCUGAGACGGACGGCUCUCCUUCACAGACUGGAGGAUGAACAGAGGAGGGAACAGGGCUGUCGGAGUUUAGCUGGUCGGCAUGCAGAGGAAGCAGCUGCUCGAUUGAAUUUUCCCUGUUUUUUGCUUCGGAUAGAGCGAAUGCUGCUGGAGGACAUAGUGAGGAAAUGAGCAACAGGAUGGAGGGUACUGCAGGACCAGGCACCAGGGCAAAUGGACCUGUCCCAGCGCCCAGUGGGAACCAGGUACCGCCGCCACCGGGUCCGCCUCUGGCCCCGGAGCAGCUGGAAGAGGAGCAGCCGUCUUCACUGACCGACGUCUCUCAAAUGUGGAUUAAAUUUGCCAAAACAUUUGCCAUCGUAUUCCCCAUCUACAUAUUGGGAUACUUUGAGUUCAGCUUCAGCUGGGUUCUGAUUGGACUCGCCAUGCUUUUUUACUGGAGGAAGAACCAUGGCAGCAAGGACUACAGGAUAAACCGGGCUUUGGCGUUCCUAGAUCACCAGGAUACGACCGCGAAGCAGAGUCUGCCAGCAACGGAGCUGCCGCCCUGGGUUCAUUACCCAGAUGUGGAGCGAGUGGAGUGGCUCAAUAAGACGGUGAAGCAGAUGUGGCCGUUCAUCUGCCAGUUUGUGGACAAACUGUUCAGGGAGACCAUCGAGCCGGCUGUGAAGGGAGCCAACCCCCAUCUCAGCACCUUCUGCUUCACCAAGGUCGACAUGGGAGACAAGCCACUCAGAGUGAACGGGGUGAAGGUUUACACAGAAAAUGUGGACAAGAGGCAGGUCAUCAUGGACCUGCAGAUCAGUUUUGUUGGUAACACAGAAAUCGACAUCGACAUCAAGAAGUUUUACUGCAGGGCUGGAAUCAAAAGCAUACAGCUUCAUGGCAUGCUGAGGGUGGUGAUGGAGCCUCUCCUGGGGGACAUGCCUCUGAUCGGAGCCCUGUCCGUCUUUUUCCUCAAAAAACCUAUGUUGGACAUCAACUGGACGGGACUCACGAACAUGUUGGACAUUCCAGGUGUUAAUGGUUUGUGCGACGGCCUCAUCCAGGACAUCAUCUACAGCUACCUGGUGCUGCCGAACCGUCUCAACAUCCCUCUGGUGGGAGCGACUGAACUGGCCAGGAUCCGCUUCCCUAUUCCAGAGGCCGUGGUAAGAAUCCACUUCAUUGAGGCCCAGAACCUACUGGGCAAGGACAGGUUCCUGGGAAUCAAGGGCAAGUCCGACCCAUAUGGACUCAUCCGGCUCGGCACAAAGGAAGUCAAGAGCAAAACCAUCAAAGAGACGGUCAAUCCUAGAUGGAACGAGGUCCAUGAGUUCUUGAUGUACGAUAACACGGCAAAGAUGAUGGAAAUUGAACUGUUUGAUGAAGACCCAGAUGAAGAUGACAGACUGGGAAAUGUGAUGAUCGACUUGGCUGAACUCAAGAAGGAACAAAGUGUGGAGGAGUGGUUCGAUCUGGAAGAUGGUGGCAGAGGGAAGCUGCACCUGAAGAUGGAGUGGCUGUGUCUGCUGCCCUCACCUGAGAAGCUGGACCAGGCGCUGUUGCAGAUCCGGGCGGACGGCUCUAGCGCCCCCGACGGGCCGUCGUCUGCGGUGCUCGUAGUCUUCCUGGACUCGGCCAGAAACCUGUCGCGCAAUCCGUUAGAGUUCAACCAGACGGGGCUGAGGAAGGCCUCGAUCAGUAAGGCCAUCAAGUCCGGUAAAAAAGUGACCAGUGAUCCCAGUCCAAUGGUCCAGUUCAGUGUGGGACACCAGUCCUCAGACAGCAAGAUCAAAUAUAAAACCACUGAACCAGUGUGGGAGGAACACUUCACCUUCCUCAUCCACAACCCAAGAAAGCAAAAGCUGGAGGUGGAGGUGAAGGAUACGAAGCAUGAGUGCUCAUUGGGGAAGCUGGAUCUGCCUCUGACCCGCCUCCUAGAGGCGGAAGACAUGACUCUGAGCCAGCGCUUCCCCCUCAAGACCAUUGGACCCAGCUGCACCCUCAAGAUGAAGAUGGCUCUGCGGGUGUUGUCCCUUGAAAAGAUACCAACCUCGCCUUCAACCUCCACCCCGUCGUCCGUCCAGGUUCGCAAGUCCAGCUCUGCCACCCCCACCCCCACCCCACGACCCUCCGUCUCCUCAGAGGCCAGCAUGCCUCCGCCCUCCAUCUCAGACGUCCCCCGCUCCUCCACCGCCUCCGUCCAGGACCUGUCCAACCGGCGGAACGAGUCGCAGCCCGCAGUGAAGUCCCUGGGGAGCAUGGACUUGGAGCAGGCUGGUGUUGGAGGAGGAGCUGGAGGUCAGAGCCUAGCAGAAACUGGGAAGAGCAAAUCCUACCUGGCUAUCUCUGGGUCCCAGCAGUUCCUGAACGGGGGCAAGGAGCCAACGCCCAGCAUCGCUUCGGAUAUUUCCAACCCCUACUCUGCUCAGGAGCUGCAUCAGAGACUUCAGCAGCUGCCCAAUGGUUCAGGGUCCAGUAACAGCCCUCUGGGCAGCAUCCAGCUGACCAUCCGGUACAGCACGCAGAGGAACAGGCUCAUCGUGGUCGUUCAUGCCUGCAGAAACCUGAUCGCUUUCACCGAUCACGGCUCAAACCCGUACGCCCGUCUCUACCUGCUUCCUGACAAAAGGAGGUCGGGACGGAGGAAAACUCACACGCACAAGAAAACACAGAAUCCGAAAUUCGACGAAUCGUUUGACUUCUCUGUUACCUUGAUCGAGCUCCGUAGUCGCAAUUUGGAUGUUGCAGUGAAGAACAGCGGAGGUCUGCUCUCCAAACAUAAAGGUCUUCUUGGAAAGGUCUUGCUGGAUUUAAAUCAUGAAGAUAUAACCAAAGGUUGGACACAAUGGUAUGACCUGACUGUCGAGGGAAAACCUCGACCAUAAGAAGUCUUCAUCAUCAUCAUCACACUUCCACUUACGUCCACAGUACAUUUUUUAGUUAUUCUCGCGCCUUUUAAAUGUGUAAAAGCUAAGAGAAAAGCAGCUUUAGACACUCAUUAAUCACAUCAGUCGCAAGGCAAGGCUUCCCUUUAAGAAGUGAGUAAAGAAUUGCAGAAGAGUAAAAAGAGUGUAUACAAGUUAAUGUGCCAAGAUGGAAGUUUUAUCCCGUAUUUAUAGAAGCUAGAACGGUUCAUUUUCUGCUGCCACAUACACUAUAUAUGUAUGUUUGUAUAUAGUGUAAAAUGAUGUUGGACAAACUAAAAGACGGUUUAUAUUCUGCACAUAUUAGAGAGGCUGGUGUCUUAAUGGCCAAAGGUUUGUGUGUAAUUUAAUCUGAUUUUCUUAUUUUUUUAUUUCAUCCAAACAUUCUUGAUGGUUGUUGAAGGGGAGAGUGUGUGUGUGUGUGUGUGUGGGGGGCAGUCAAACCAAAGAUAUGAGAAGUAUUUUAUUGCUUUAGUUCAGAUAACACAACUACACACUGGCUUUUUAUAACUGUCAUAAAAAAUAAACACGGGUGAAAGAACCAAAGAAGAAGAAAUUCACUCACAAAGUUGCUAAUGGGGUUUGUUUGCUGUGCAGAAACAGUCUUGUUACGAUGAAAUAAGACCAUUACCAAGUGUUACCUUUUUGUAAUUGAAUGUGACUCUUUGCACAUGAAUAUUUUAAAACCUGAUAACAAUCAUUAGUAUUGAGUGUCAACAUUACAUCUAGAGCAGUGGAUGGAAAAGCCAUAAAAUCGUUACGUUUUAGAGAUGAUUGUUGUUAAAGGGAAAUCUUUCCAUUCAGAUCAAGCCUGUUGAAAUGGGACGUUAUUUUAUAAUAGACCAACAAUAGGACUGGUCUAUAUUUGAUCAUACAGGCUAAAAUAGCUAAACAUGCUGCUGCAGUUUUUGUUUUUAGCAUGUUUAGACAAUUGCAAUGUGUUGGCUGCAGGUAUUACCUUCAAUUUCUUCAUUGUAACACUAUGUGUAGAUUUAGCAGGUUUCCCUACAUGCAUCCUAUUAAAGCAAAAUAUGCAUCAUCAGUUACUUUAAUUUUCUGAUUUUGAAUAGUCACAGCUAAAGUUUUUAAAAUUUUCAAUUAAAUAUCACAUUAAAAUUGAGUGUUUCUAACAAUUUUUUUUGCCAAAUCACAUUGUGAGUUUGUGAUUUGGCAAAAAUCCUGACGGAGACGUUGGGCUCCUUCAGAAGUAAAAAAAUAAACAAAACAAAAAAGGAACAUUAGUAAACAGUUUGUACUGAAAUGUUCAUCCUGAGUGUCUUAAAAAGGGAAAUCUUGGAAAAGUGUCUAAUUUUGAAACGAACAUUUUGUAGGAUUUAAUGCUUUCAUGGAAACUAAAAUACGGUUGGUCAUUUUGAACUGGUCCAGAUUAAAAUUUAUUUUUUUCAAAAUUCAUUUUUAAAAAGUUUCACAUAAACACAGCAUCACUUUGUAUUGAUCUACAUGAAAACACAUGGUGCAUUCAAAACACUGUAGUAACCAUUGCAUGCCAAGCCUGCAGGUGGCGCUGUAGUGCUGUAAAUGUUAAUGCACCAAAAAGUCAUAAAGAUGCACCUGGGAUUAAAGGGUUAAUUUAGCAGUGGGGUUUGUGGACGUUCUGGUUUCACAUUUUUGCAGUUAAACACACGUGGAGAAACUCAACACAUAAUUCUGCAUUUUAUUUAUUUAUUUUAUUGCCAGUGUUGCCCUUUUCAUCCAUCUGACUUGCAGUGCGCAGCAGCACGUUGGGGAGGUACAUGCUGCUCUGACUCCGAUCCGGUUCCACUCCUGCUUCCAGAAUAAAACCAGUUCAUUUGGACUGGAAACAGGAUGGAGACUCUUUGGAAGAUCUACUUGACGUUUUCAUUCCUGAUUAAAUCUACAUAGUGACUUUAAAAACGUAAAAUGUCUCAAUUUGGAACCAUUUUAACCUUCAUAACACUCACAGCGGGCCUGGUUGUCACUUACUUUACGAUAAGCUCUGUUGUCAGUACUUUGAUUUGUUCACAUUCUGUCUAUAGAAACAUUCAGUCUUAACUUUUUAUUUUUCACGUUGUAUUUAAAAGGACACUCAGAAGAUGGCAUUUAAUUAUUAUUUUUUUCUAUAUAUGCAUUUUAUUGAGCAGCUCUGCUUCUUAAGGGAAUAGUCUGAGCAGCAGCAUAAUGCAGGUCUUGGUAUGAAACUCUUUAGCUAAAUCUGCUGCUGGGUUUGACACUACAGAAGCAGCGGUUUUCUGUUGACAACCAGGAUGUUAGCUUGACCUUUGACCUUCUAAACACCUACAUCCUGUCGAUUUCUGCAUGUUGCGUUUACAUCAAGCAUUGAGAAAGUAUUUUAAAUGUGUAUAUGAAUAGUUUUGUGUGUUUUCCAGCCUUUGUCCUGUUCUGUUUUAUAAGAAGCGUUACGUUCUCCUGGAAGCUGUCAGCUUUGAAAAGCCUCUGAGGCCGACGUUGUCUUCUAAAGGUCGUUCUUCUCCUCCAUCUUUUUAAUUUAUCUUGUGCCUUACGAAACGCGUGACCCAGAGAUAAUACUGUAUGUAUACGUGUUGGGAAAGAGGCGGCCGGAUGCCACGCGUGUCUGAAUGUCUCUUUGACGUCUUUCAAACUCAAUAAAGAGCUUUAAGCUGGCAGAAGCAGCA